GGCCCCUCUAUGGUUCCCGCCUCGGCGCUGCGCCUGCGCAGCCCCUCCACGCGGAGCGGCGCUGCGCGCUCUGAGCAUGCACCCAACCGGGGCCCGCCGCCGCGGGCGCAGGCGCAGGGCGUCACUUCCGCCCGGUGCGGGGCUCGUGCGCGUGCGCAGGGGCGGCGCGCGCCCCUCUCCGCGCCGGCUCGCGCGUGUUCGCCUCUGCCGGGAGAGGCCGCGUGGGCUUCCGCUUCCGGGCAGGGCCGGCUGCGAGGCCGGAGCCGCCGUGGGGAUCCCCUCUCCGCCGUGUCCCACGUUGCCCACGCGCGAGCCCUUCCGCUGGCGCCCACCAUGUCGGAUUUGAUCCUCAACGUGAACUUCGGCCUCUCGGAGCCCUCCAAGAAGAGGGCAGCUGGCAAUCAAAAGCACAAGAGCUUUCUGAGACGGCGCCGGUUCCUGGAGAGGAAGGGCGUGCUGAAGCAAAAGCAGCUGCCACCAGCCCAGCAGCAGGCAGGGAAAGGCUCUCAGAAGAAGUCGGGCUCCUGGGGCAGGAACGCCAAGAAGCAGCAGGCUGCAGAUGUGGCCAGGAGGGACCAGGCCAAAACGUGCCCCAAGGUGAAUAAUGCCCAGUCCAGCCCAGCCACACAGAACAACUCUACGAGCUCCAAAAGGACGUGUUUUCCCAAAGGAAGGGGAAAGAAAAGUGCCCCUCUCCUCCCUGCCGUGCCCAGCAAACUGGUGGCCAUCGACUGUGAGAUGGUGGGCACGGGGCCCGGCGGGCGCGUCAGCGACCUGGCCCGCUGCAGCAUCGUCAGCUACGACGGCGACGUCCUCUACGACGAGUACGUCCUCCCGGCCAACCCCAUCGUGGACUACCGCACCCGCUGGAGCGGCAUCAGGCGGCAGCACAUGGUGAACGCCGUCCCCUUCGGCAAGGCCCAGCGCGAGAUCCUGAAGAUCCUCUCGGGGAAGAUCGUGGUUGGCCACGCCAUCUGCAACGACUUCAAGGCGCUCAAGUACUUCCACCCCCGCUCGCUCACCCGGGACACGUCCAAAAUCCCCUUGCUGAACCGAAAGGGCGGCUUUCCCGAGAACAUCUCCAUCUCCCUGAAGCGCCUCACCAAGCAGCUGCUGCACAAAGACAUUCAGGUCGGCAAGAGCGGCCACUCCUCGGUGGAGGACGCCAGGGCCACCAUGGAGCUCUACAAGGUGGUGGAGGCGGAGUGGGAGCAACACCUGAUGCUGAACCCCGAGCAGGAGUGACUGCCCGGUCCCGGGGCCCCAAAGUGCUGGUGUCCGAGAGCCCGGAGCUCGCGGGAAGAGCGGGAUGGAGCAACGCGAGCUCGGAGGCGGCAGCUCGGCCGUCUGGGCGAGGUAGUGCGGCCGGAGAGGCGGUGCCGGGGCCGGAGUGUGGCUGGGAGGCAGCAGGACCGUCCCCUGUCCCCGCCAGCACCCCGUGCCCCGGCUGCGCUGUGCCGCUUGCUCUGUCCCCACCCAAGAUGUGGGGAGAGCUGCUACCUCUAGGCUGGGGCCCCUCUGUGCCCCCCUGGGAGGGGGUCUAGGGCCUUGCGCAUCCCCAGGACAGCUCAGUGCUGCCGGAGGGUGCUGAUAGCAUUGGGGCUCCCAAACCAGCCGUGUGGCUGCUGCCGGGGAAGGGCUUUCCUGAGCAGGGCCGCCCCGCUGCCAGUGCCGUGGGGGCAGCGUGGGGCAGGCAGGAGGGGGGCCAGGGCAUGGUGUGGAUCCCUGCAGGGAGGUGGCCCCCUGCCCUCUUCCCCGCACCGGGGAUCCUCGACGGACGGGAGCUCUGUGCUGCGAUGAGUGGCACAGAGGGGCCGUCGGCCUGGGCGCGACGUCGGGGCUGCGCCAGCCGUGCUCGCUCUGGGCACGGAUCCUGUCGACUGCGGUGCAGUUACCGGGGGAUUUGGUGCUCGCGUGCGGUCCAGGGCAAACCUCACUUCUCCUCCAGUGCCUGUUUCUCCCCGUUUGUGAGCGGGGAUGUUGCAAAACUACCUCUGACAAGGACAGUAACCGCCAGACAGCUCUGAGCUGUGGCUGCGGCGGGGACGCGGAAGCUGGCGUGGGAGUGGGCAGCGCCCAGCGGGCGUGAAGCAGAUCCUGCCGUGGCAUCGGAAAGUCCCCGCUCUGGUUUCGGAGCAGGGUGGCUGCUGCCUGGCGGGAUUUGGAUUCUGCUUUGCGCAAGUGCUGCUGCAACCUCGGAGCGCUGGGACGAGCCCGGGCGUGGGGAGCGGCUCGGGCGUGGCGGCGAGGGCGGCUUCCUCGGCCACUCGUGCCGUGGUGCCCCGCGCGGGGCCCAGGGACGCCGCGUCCUUCACAGAUGCCUCCAAACACCGACGUGCACUUUGUUUUCUGAACUCUUGAACAUUCCCCAAGUUUUCAUCCGUCUCAGCCCACUGCAGAGCUGCUUUCAAGUAAAAUGUUUAUGUUCAAAAUCCCUGUUAAAAGCAACAA